AUGGAAACAAGUAUUGUGCAGGGUAGAAAGAGCUGCUCAAGGAAACACUCGCCUCAGGGAACAGGACAUGGUGAUGUUUGUCUAAAGUCUCUCCUGCCCUGUCGAGGGGCUGCCAGCACCCCUGCAUCAGGCCGAACCACGGACCUCAGUACUGAUACAUGGAGCCUCACUCCUCCUGCAGGGGGAGGUGAGCGGGCGGAGGGGGGGCAGGGAGGACAGCCUCUGAUCCGAGAGCUGUGGUUCAUCGUGGUGAUGGCAGCCGUCGCCCUGCUGCUGCUCGCCAUCGUGCUGGGGGUCACGCUCCAUAAGGCCCUGAACAAGCCCCCCUUCACCAGAGAGAGACCCCCGCUGGUGUCCCUGCCCCUUCAGAAGAGGAGGAACCCCAUAGCUGUUUAUCCUGCCAGCAACUCUGUUUUUUUUGACGCUGUGCCUGACACAGCAGGCUUCUCCAACAGUGUAACACUGAAAGGCUUCACCAUGAAGUUAGAGGAAGUGCUGGAGGUUAAAUGUGAGCCCAUGGAUGAGGAGGCACCUCAGGGUGAGCUGGGGAUCCUCAGCGUGAACUCCCUGAGGCGCAGCGUCAGCCAGGUGAUGGACGGGAAGUCCCUCACAGGGGACGACGACACGUGGGACCCAAACAUAUCCGGCCAUGACAGUGGGAUGUUCAUGGACGAUGAGGAAUUUGUUGACACUGUCAAAGGUUUCAGCACGGUGAGGAAGGAGCACACCAUGUUCACUGACACCAACCUGUGACCCGGGCUGACCUUUGACCCCUGACAGGACACAACCAGUCAAAGUGUCACUGUGCCUGCUAGAUAGCUGUAAACGGUUCAGACACAGUUCGAGGUGGAGUUCCUUUUCUCCGGAAAUGAGAAACGCAGAUAAAAAAGACUCAUGUCAAAUCACUGGAGUAACUGUGGCAACUUGGAUGAGAAAGGAAGCGAGGAUGAGACAGUCCUGAUAUUUUAGAGCACAGCUGGUCGAGAGGAAGCAGCUGCUUUUGCUAAGGAUAUAAACUGUGAGCACACAUUAGGAAAUAGAAAGACCAAAGAUACUGUAUAGAGACGCAUAAGGACAUUCUGUUUAAUCUAUUUCAGAUUGUUUGGAGGGGGACGUACUUAUUUUACAGACACAUUCAUUUGCAAAAAGCUCUCUAUUCUUUGGUUAGUGGAAAAGCAAAACAUGUCUGUGAACCAGAGGAAACUUUAUUUAAUCAAGUGGACGUCGACUCACAAGUGCCAUUAAGUUAUUUAGCAGUAACUGAGGAGCAUGCACUAACAGACUUUCAAUCCCCCUCUGAUUUCAAAAUUGAUAUGUACCGUUUGAUAUGAUUAAAUACAAUGUUGUCUAGUG